CUGCCGCGCUGACUGACUCGUCGUGCCAAGGCUGUCGUUCUCGUUGGUCGCUGCGCACUGUGCGCGCAUAACGGCUUUUUUUUUUUGUUAAAACUGUGUUUACCAAAGUUCCGUUUUACAAACGCGGAAGAUUUCUUGGAGGUAAAAUUUACACAAACGACGCAGUAGCCUACAACCAGCAGCUCCGGCGAAGGUGGCGAGUGGGCGGCUGAACGCCAACGCCGUGCGUAAUACUCGGGGAGCAGGUGGAUGGAGAGGCUGGCGGGAUGCAGCUUCGGAGCGGCUGGACACCUUAUCCUCAGCUGAAGGACACCUUGACGCGAUGGGCUUAAAUAUUAAGAGGGAGUGCUCAAUUUUCAAACUAAAAAUCAAUCUUGCUAGUUUUUUUUGUUUCUCUACAGCUUCAAUGUGAUACAUGUGAUGGUUCCUCGUUAAUGAAAAUCUCCAGUCAUCCCAAUCCCCAGAGCCCCAAACACUUAGACCCCAAAGGGUCAAAUUCCCAUUACCCCAGGCUUAUUUUAGAACUUGAAGACCCUUUACCCUGCUUUCAACAGUCUUGCAUGGUAAUAUCAAUGCUUUUAGACAUGUUACAUCCUAAUCUCAAACUCAAUAAUAUCUACCUUCUCCAAGCUCCUUUAACAUCUCUCCCUACCAUCUUUAGGAAUGCGGAACCCUUUGACACCCUAAAACCUCUCAGCCAUCAUGGCCUUGGAUCAGUGGCCCUUUCUCCCGACUGUCCCCAACAUCUCCAUCCCUGAGCCCCUCCUGUACGACAGCUACAUGCAGGGGAAUGAGUCCGACCUGGACCUGAACAUCUCCAAGGCCAGGGAGCCUCACCAGGACAAGACCAGCUCAGUGGUCAUCACCCUCAUCUACUUCAUAGUAUGCGCCGUGGGCCUGUGCGGCAACGCCCUGGUCAUAUAUGUCAUCUUGCGAUAUGCCAAAAUGAAGACGGUGACCAACAUCUACAUCCUGAACCUGGCGGUGGCUGAUGUUCUGUGCAUGAUGAGCCUGCCGUUCAUCGCCCUGCAGCUGACGCUGGUGCACUGGCCCUUUGGAGAGGUGCUGUGCAGGGUGAUCAUGACUGUCGACUCCCUCAAUCAGUUCACGAGCAUCUUCUGCCUGAUGGUGAUGAGCAUCGAUCGGUACUUCGCUGUGGUCCACCCUAUUAAGUCCACGAAAUGGCGGAAGCCCCGCGUGGCCAAACUUAUUAACCUAACAGUGUGGUGUGUGUCCCUGUUAGUCAUCCUACCUACUUUGAUCUUUAGUGGCCUUAACAAGGUGCCAACAUGUGGGAUCCAGUGGCCAGAGCCCCAGGAUGUCUAUUACACAGCCUUCAUAAUCUAUACUUUCUUCAUUGGGUUCUGUCUGCCUCUGGCAGUCAUAUGCCUCUGCUACCUGCUCAUCAUAGUCAAGGUAAAGUCGUCUGGCAUGCGGGUGGGUUCCAGCAAGCGCAAGCGUUCUGAGCGUAAGGUAACACGGAUGGUGUCCAUAGUGGUGGCGGUGUUUGUCCUCUGUUGGCUGCCUUUCUACAUAUUCAACGUCACCUCCGUCACCAGCUUUAUCAACCCCACCUCUGCCGUGAAGAGCACCUUCGACUUUGUCGUGGUGCUGGGCUACGCCAACAGCUGCGCCAACCCCAUUCUGUACGCUUUCCUGUCGGACAACUUUAAGAAGAGCUUUCAGAACGUCCUAUGCCUGAAAAAGGUGGCAGGCCUGGACGAGAUAGAGCGCAGCGACAGCAGGGCAGACAGGAGCAGGAUGGUUAACGAUGCUGUAAUCAACGCCAACCUGGAGACUCACAAUGCUGCCCUGCUGAAUGGAGAGCUGCAAACCAGCAUCUGAGCAGCGGCAGUCACAUCCAAGGAGCCCAGAGACACAGACGAGCUGCCAGUAUAGUGACCCCUGUUCAAAGGUGCAAGGGUUGGACGAUGAUAUAAUAACUGCUGCUCAUGGACAUCAACACAUGGACAAAGUCUAGGUGAAAAAUAAACAAUUUCUUAAGGGAAAGUACACUGACUCCAGCACAAAACUCUUAAUAUUUUGGUUGAAAUCUCUGUGAGUCGAAAAGGACUGGCUGAAGUGAUUUUAAACACAGCAGAGACAAGUGAUGUUAAACAUAAAUAGGAGUGCUAUUAAUACUUGCCAUGGGUUCUAUUGAGUUGUCAGACGUCAUGGAGACUGAACCAAGAUCAAUGGAUCGGAGAAGGGACUGUGGGUACAGGAGAAAUACUGUUCACCCAUGUUCAGAGAGAGAGCUAGACGGGAUUGAUCAUCAUCCAGGCUCUCGUUUUGAGAGCUAUGAAGGGUUGGCAUUGAUUUCUUUGAACGUGGAAAUGAUGAAGAAGGCCGUCAAAAAUUUCAGAUGGAAACAGCCAGCACAGUAAUCUAUAGAGUCUUUAAAAAAAAAAAAAAAAAAAAAUCACUAAUCUUGAGCCAAAGGGGAAAAGAUUCAUGGUAAUGUUUUAUACAUAGCAGCUGAUUAUCUUGGUCUUCUGUGAUCACCAAGGCAUAUACAUACAUAACUACUUGUGAAGUGCUGUGUUUUGACAAUGUAAGAUGAGUGACAUGUGACAUAUGUAUUGUAGUCAAAGAGAGAAAGAGACAGGGAAAAGAGAUACAGAGAGUAGGAAUUAGAAAGGACUAAAGCUUGUGUAUGAUUAGUAUCUACUGAGAACACAACACAUGUACCGUAAAGGGAAAGCUUGAGAUUUGGAUACAGCUGACAGGAAGAGAGCAAGGCGUGUGUGGUGUGUGUGUGUGUGUGUGUGUGUGUGUGUGUGUGUGUGUGUGUGUGUGUGUGAGAGUCAUUAAAAGAAACAGAAUUUGAAACACCUCUAUAAUAAAUUCAGACACAAAAUAAUUGUAUACCACAUACCACAAAAAGCUUACCAUUAACCUGUCAAAGUAACUUGACUCAAUGCAUCCCACAUCUCUCAGUGGCAUUAGCUACACCAGAUGACCAAUAAAAAAAAAACAAUAAGCAGGCAGCAGCUAUAGAUAAAAGUGCAUACAACUCCAUUUUAUCACUCUUCAUAAUUAGUGGCUUCUUGAGGGGCACACAACUGUCAGAAUGCCAGAUUGAUUAAUAGAAUAAUCAAUCAAUCAAUCAAUGGAACAUCAUGGAGGUUCCCAUGCAUUAUUAUUUAUUUUCUUGCCAUGCUUGGGGUGAGGCAAUGCUAGGCUGACAUUUCACCACUUUGAUCAAUAUUGAAAUAUCAAAACAACUUUUGGAUGGACAGAGAUACCAGACAGCAUAUUUGGUAUGGACCACGGAUGCGUAGACUGUAUAAGUAGGGCCAAAACGACUCAAUCGCCCCCUGGGGGCUGGCUGCAGUUUAGGUCAUAAAUCCCCCCCCCCCCCCUCCAUGUUAGUGGAUGGGAAAUGGGCCAAAACUGCACAUACAUUUUUCUCAAAGAUGUCAUUUUAGGUAAUUCUUAGCAUGCUCAUUUUCAAGUUUUUCUUUUUUUUUGUGAGUGCUACGAAAACGGGGUAAAAAUCCUAAUUGACAGCUGACUUGGACUCACAAUUGGUUGGGUGGGUGGGUGUAUGGGCGGGACCGCCCAAUUACUGCAGCGCAGACUCUGGCUCCAAAAUUACAAGAUGGCAGCACCCAUAUCUGGGAUAUUUUGGCUUAACUUUUGUAUAGUGGGAGGAAGUCUCCCAUCCAGUCUAUGGUAUAGACAUUCAUUGUCCCCAGAGGAUGACCCUUUAUAACUUUGGUGAUGCCUUAACUUACAUGUAGCACCAACAUUAGGUCUUUUUUAAAAUUUUCCCAGCACUUUAAGACCAAAUACCUGCAAAACUAAUGCAAUUCCCGUCACCGUUAUCUGUACUUUGCUUACUGCUAAUUGCUAAUAUGUUAGCAUGCUAAUAUGCCACCUGAUCAGUACCAGAAACCCAACUUGUUCAGGACCUAUUUCCUGACCUAUCACGUCUAUCACGACCCUAAUCAUUCGAUCAACGCCUAACCUUAAUCAUUUACCUGCAUAGAACAAAUCAGGUAUUCGUUGAUCAAAGAUGCAUACCGUAAAUAUUAUAUCUUAUGAAAUAUCUGUAUGUUUGUGUUGGCAUUGUGAGCAUGUUAGCAUGCUGAUGUUAGCAUUGCACUCAAGUACAACCACAGAGCUGCUAGCAUGACUUUAGACUAUUAGCCGUUUAGAAUUGAAAUGUACAUAUUGUCCAAAAACGAAACAGCUCCAGUGAAGAUAUAUGGUUCUUACAUUUUUUAACUUCAACUUCCACAAAUUAACAUCAUCAUCAGGUAUUAUGAAUUAACUAUCUAGUUGAUCAGCUAGAUAAAACAAUAGCGGUUUGCCUAGUUAAAUGGUCUGAGUCCACUGAGCCACAGUAGAGCAAGAGUCAAAUGUCACAAUAACCUGGAUUUGGAAACCUUAUCACUCCCUUCAUGCUAAAUGAAUUAGCCCACAUCCAGAGCGGACAUCUAUUUCCGUUUUAGCUAUCAGUCCCUUUUAUCCUACGGACCUCCAUGAUGGAGCCACACCUAGUUGCCAGGAGAUUUGUCAAAGUCUCUGUGGUAAGAAGGUCAUCCGCCAUAUGCUGCGGUGUCAGUGUGGUGUAUCAGUCAACGUAGAAGCCAUCCAUCAGUGCAAUCAAAAGAGAUGAGGGCUAGGCAAGGCUUGUCCCGGGUGGUUACCGCAGAAAAUAAUUUGUCAUGGCAAUGUGUUUCUGCCAUCACCGCUGUAGCGGGGUCAGUCGUGUAUUAACGCACAAGUCGAAAUAGGAACACACUCUCAGAGACAAGUGUAGGAACAAUUCCAUAAGAAAUAUACUGUAAGACACAAGGAACUCUUUCCAUUCAUGUUGUUCACAAUGUGUAACCCAGACAUAAGUGCGUCACGUCCCUGACUGAGUAAUGCAUUAGAUUACCAAUUUUGCAUAUCUAUGUCCAAUAAUGGGACACAUCCAAAGGCUUUAUAAAUAAAACCCACAACCAGGACUUCAAUUUGAUUAGGGCUGCUACUAACGAUUCAUCUGGCGAAUAUUUUUUUGAUUAAUUGAUUACUUGUUUGGUCUAUAAAAUGUCAGAAAAUGGUAAAAAAUGUCAAUCAGUGAUGUCCAAAGCCCUCAAAUGUCUCUCCAAUCGAUGAACUGGUUAUCAAAAUUGUUGCAGAUUCAUUUAAUAGUUGACAGCUCAGCUAUUAAAUUUGAUUAAUCUUUGCAGCUCUAAAUUUGAUCAUCACAUGUCAAAAACCUGUGAUUGAAACUGAAACAUGCUAUAUAUGUUUCUGUGUCUUGAUUUCCUUUCUGUGAAUACUCUCCGAGACGUGGGUGUCCCACUGAGAAACCCAUUUUACAAUCUCACCUCUUACAGUCAAGGUAUUUAGCGCAUUCAAGCCUGAGGUUUAAGAACUAUUCUCUCUCUCAUCAUCCACAGUAAAUUACUUUUGUUUCUGUCCUAUCCAUUCAUCUCCCUCUUUCGUUCAUGCUCAUUGCUGGGGAAGAAUUACAUGAGCACACUUUACAGCCACCCAAACUCAACUGAACCAGACCGGAGAAAACGCACCAUGUCACUGUCUAUUUGGGCAUACUUAAUGGAGUUGAUGUACUUAACCCACCAUUCUGGUGUUAUGUAGUAGUUAAUAAGAUGGUUUGUGCCAAAACCAGUGUAAAUGUAGCGCUAAAAGGACAGUUUAGGCAAUGGGACGCUGUCUGUAGUCACUGCUUUCAUUGUAAUUUUUGGUUUGGGUUGACAUGACUCUUUGUUCAAUGGGCACAAUUCAGUGCCAAAUGUCAAACUGGCAUUUGUCCAGAUUUCUCUGGUUCCUGCCACUGUAUAGUGUACAGAUGAGAUGAGAAAGAAGCGGAGGAAUGGGAAACCUCUGCCUUCUUGCGCUCUGUUUCUUCUUUUGGAAACACAACUUAUUUGCGAAGGGCUAGAACAUGCACUCCAGGAUGAGGAUGCACCGUUCAAUAUUAACUCCAUGUGUUUUGUGGUAUCCUCUGCUUGUUCUUGCAUGGGGAGGGUUGUGUAUCCCACUUUCUGUGUUCCCUCACUAAGCAAAACCAGAUUUGCACACUUACUGGCUGGCCACUGUUGUUUUUGCCAGAUACAGUCUCAGAAAAAAAGUUACAGAUAUGUACCUGAGUUUGGGUUCAGCUUUAGCAACAUCUUUGUAGAGUUUUAAGUUACGAUCAGCAGCAACUAAUGAGACAUUCUUUUGGUUGAAGGAAGUGGGUUUUCAACACUACAGAUUGCACAUUAAAGCCAGAUUUUAGCCCCGCUGGUUGUGAUUUACAUGCUUGUUGCUGACAGUGUACAGACAUGGAUAUGUACUUUUCUGUGCAGUUACUUUUAUCUAUGUGCCUUGGAACUUGAUAUAAAAUCAUGUGAUAACAUCAAUGUACAGCAAAUCAACAUUGUAACCUGUUUUUUCCCAAAAGCCAAACAACCAAAGGCCUUUGUACUAUACAGACAUGUUAGUAACCAAAACAUACUGUAAAUCAUUUCUAGUAACAUUUUCCCAGCUUACAUAGCUUGUGUUUUGUGUGAUAUAAUGUCGAAAGCAGAUGUUUAUUUGUGACUCUUUAUUGUUGCAUAGACUAUAACGUGAUCAUUGAUUGUAUUGGACAGGCCAAUGUACUCGUCUCUGCGAUUAAAAUGCAGGCCAGUUUCUGCUCCCAUGGUC